GUCAGCUGUUCGUUGCUGAUUGCCUUUGCCGUUACGUCCGGACGCCGCAAGUGUAACACAAUAGCGUUGGAGUUGUCAACGUUUAGUUUAAUUCAAUUGUUGAGCUAGUAAGGAACACUUGAAGAUCCGCUGGGAAGAAUAUUUUAAAAAUAAAUAAUUUAUAAUCAGCAAAAAAUUGCUAACAAAAAAAAUCGAAAGUGUUUUGACUAAGCUUCCCAAAAUGAAAUAUUUUCUCGUCUUAUGCACAAUUGUUGUCCUCCACGUUUUGGACUUUCCAUGUUUUGCGGAUCCGGAACCCUACUGCAUCUACAAUCGCACCGAAUACACCUAUGUAAAUGUAACCAAAACGAGAGAAGUGAAAGUCACCCAACCAUGGUAUAAAAAACUCUCCAAGAAAACCAAAAUAGAAGAAUAUGUGGAACAGGAAGCCAUAGCCAAAGUGACUCCCGUACGGGGUUGUUGUGAGGGUUACGAAAUGUCAGAGCUGGAAAUGUGUGAACCCAAAUGUCGUAAAGGUUGUCCACAAAACUCAAAAUGCGUCGAACCCGAAGUGUGUAAAUGUGCCGCAGGGUAUUUCUCCUCCCUCUCGGAGCUGGAUGGUAACCAUUAUUGUGAGCCGAUCUGUGAGAGACCCUGCCCGGCCCACAGUGAAUGUGUCAAACCGAAUGAGUGUGCCUGCCAUAAUGGCUAUCAAAUUGCCGAGGGGUCGGUGUGUAGACCCCACUGUCCAUCGGGCUGUCCCUUCCAGGGUAAAUGUGUGGCGCCAAAUCUGUGUGAAUGUCCGGCAGGUUAUAAAUCCGGCAAGGGAACAUGUUUACCCAUCUGCAGCCGGGGGGAUCAGUGUAAAAAUGGGGUUUGUGUGGACACAGACAAGUGUCAGUGUAAUGUUGGCUACCUCUGGAAUGAGGAGAACGAAAAAUGUGAGCCCAAUUUAAAUGGUGGGGAUAGCUACCAACCCUUGGAAGACGAUCACACUGAUCGGAAUGAUGUAGAGACCACAGAAAAACAGCCAGAGAUUGAAACCGACAUUGAUACCUUCAAAGAAGACAUUGAUCCGAAUCAGGUGUUCGAUGAAAUAUUUGAAAGUACCACCACCAGCACCUCACAGAGUGAGGAACCCACCCAAUGUCCCGAUGACUAUGUACGCUAUCGCGGCCAAUGUCAGCCACUGAAAUUUGCCAUCGAUGAAAUCGAUUGCAGAAUUAAGCCCUGCUCCGAUCCCCAUGCAAUUUGUACAGAGAAUGGUACCUGCAACUGCCAGGAGGGCUAUCGAAUGUUGAAAAAAGCUCAGUCAACAGGUUCCGCCGAUACAACUGAAUCCUCAAAACCCAUUGUGAAACAAGUUUGCCUUACAUCUGAGGAGUAUGAAAAUUUCAUGGCUAAUCCCGAGCUGAAUUGGCAGGACGAGGAUGAAAUUAUUGAAAUAAUUGAGGAGCCUUCAAAUGUACCGGUCAUCUUUUUCAUUAUUUUGGGAGUUCUUCUGAUGACGGGCGCCUUGAUUUAUUUGGGUUUGAGAUUUGUGCGAAGGCAACACGAGGAAAUGGAUGUGGAAGGCAAACAACUGGAAUGCGCCUAUGACAAUCGAGUUUGUUCGGAUGCCGAAAAGUCUGUAAUAUAAGUCUGCCUGCCAUCAAUAAUUUUAGUAAAUAUUUUAAAAUAAUUUAAAUUUUAUCCUUGUACUAUUUUUAAUAACUGUCGAUAUCAGAGCGGAUAUGUACAUUUUAAUUACGAAGAAAUAUUUUUUCUUCAGAAUGCAUUGUUGUUGUAAGUUUUCUAAGAUAGUUAAUU